AGUCGUUGUGGGAUCGGUGCUAUUAGGCAGCUCUGUGUUCUUCAACUUUGUAUUAAUUGCUGCAAUUCUUCUGGGCUUUUGCUUCAUAACAAGGGAAAGGACACCAGAAUUCCCCAAGUCGAAAGCGUCGUGGACACUAAUUUGCGUUGUUUCACAUACCAAGAGCUUGAACAAGCUACGAAUGGCUUCAAUGAAGAAGUAGCAAAAAGAGCUUUUAGCGUUGUUUACAAAGGGGAAAUGAAUAGGGGUUCUGGAAAUUUCGUUGCAGUUAAGAAGUUAGAAAGAUUGGUUCAAGGUGAGAAGGAAUUUGAAGCUGAAGUGAAUGUGAUUGGGCAGACACAUCACAAGAAUUUGGUCCAAUUGAUUGGAUUUUGCAAUGAGGGACCAAAUCGAUUACUGGUGUACGAGUAUAUAAGCAAUGGUACGUUAGCGAGCUUCCUUUUCGGAGAUACAAGACCGAGUUGGAACCAGAGAAUCAGAAUUGCCUAUGAGAUUGGAAGAGGACUCUUGUACUUGCACGAAGAGUGUAGCACCCAGAUUAUCCAUUGCGAUAUAAACCCUCAGAACAUACUUAUUGAUGAUUAUUACAGUGCUCGAAUUUCUGACUUCGGAUUGGCAAAGCUUUUGAUGAUUGGUCAGAGCCAAACCCACACUGACAUUAGAGGAACUAGAGGGUACGUUGCACCGGAAUGGUUUAAGAGCAUGCCAAUCAUAGUGAAAGUCGAUGUUUAUAGCUUCGGUGUGUUGUUGCUAGAGAUCAUUUGCUGCCGGAGGAGCAUAGAUAUAGAUACCAGUGAAGUAGAGAAAGCAAUCCUUACUGAUUGGGCUUAUGACUGCUAUCAAGAAGGAACGAUAGACGCGCUGGUUGAAGGAGACGUGGAGGCCAUGAACGAUAGGGCGAAGCUAGAGAGGUUUGUAAUGGUUGCCAUUUGGUGUAUUCAAGAAGACCCGUCUUUAAGACCCACAAUGAGGAAGGUAACUCAGAUGCUUGAAGGAGUUGUUGAAGUUAAUGUUCCCCCAUGUCCCUCCCCAUUUAGUACUACGAUAAUGAUUUAGAGCAGAUUCAGGUCUUUGCUUUGUUUGUCUUAUCAUUCUUUCUUGUGCUGUCGAUGUAAGAUUCUGUUUGUUAUUCUAGUUUUGGGUAUAAAUCUAAGUAUGUCCCUGCAAAUUUUCUGUUACCAAUAUUUUCAGGAAUAAUAAUGUUUGUUAAUUGAUA